UUGUAGCUGAUGCCUUCUCACUCUCAUGCUCAGGCUAGCAGAUCGGAGUUGUUUCUGUAUGAUGCCGAGAGUUUGGUAUCUCGUCAUCAAAGACCUGGUGUCUUCUAACGUGUGCACCUGAUUUGCUCGAGGAAGGCGUGGGUAGACUCGUACGACAAUACGAAACAACCACACGUGUUUUGUAAUUUUCAAAACGAGUCAUUUCUGUAGCAGGAGAAUAGUCGGGGAAAACGAGAGCCUCCUGUUACCUUUACCAGUAUUGGUUUGUGGUUUCUCUUCUGGCAAACCUGGAAGGGAGCUGGAAGGCUUCCGCUGCUGACAAUCCACUUUCCUCUCCAUUCGUGGCCUGGUUCGAGGUUGAGGCCGUUGCUUGGGUGCUGUGUUGUUGAUUUGCCGGGUGCACCGGCUCAGUCACACGACUCACACCUUUGAGUUUGACUGGACUGCUGCUACUGACAGUAGAUCUACUAGACUGUGAGGGUGAAGCUGUCACCCAUCCUGGCUGUAGAUCACCCUUCUGCGUCCCUUCUCACUCUCAGCUGAGCCUUCUGAAGUUGUGUGACGAAAGGUUCAGCAGGUCUACGACCGUACCCUAUUUAGCUCGAAUCUGUUGAGUUUAUGGCACUUGCUACACGUUGUGAGCCGAGCCGCAAAGUUUGAACUGAGAUCAUCGACGCUUGCUGCUAGUUCGAGUAAGCCGAGCAGCCGGUCUUCAACCAUCACCAAAACCUUAGCUUCGUUGCCUGGCCGGUUAGCCCACUCCCCAGCCGGUGCUGAGAGUGCCCAGUCGAGGUUUUACAUCAAAGCCUAGUUGCGUGAGAGAGGGAAGAGCUGAGCUGCUUCUGCACACCUGUCGAACCCAUUGAAUCUCGACGAGUACCCUCCCAUUGCAUGCCACUACACACGGCUUAGUGAGUUACUGUGCCACCGUGUAGCCGAGCUUGAAGUGGUGCUGUUCGUAUCGAGGCAGAUCACAUAGGACGACGCUCAGUCGAAUUAUUUAUUCGCCUCUAGGUGGAGAGACCUGCGUUCAUCUUCAGUGCUUGGACGCUGUACUAGCUGCUGUCAGUUGAACGAACUCUUUACCUGGCGGUAUGGCGCAGAAAUUAGCUGGCUUGAACACACACGGUCUGUGCGAUUGGCUGACGAAGAAAGGCAUAACUGACUUCGUCUCCCACAUCCAAGCAUGGAAUUACGAUGGACAACAACUUGUGGCUUUGACAGAAGAACAAAUUGUUGGUCUUGAGAUAUGCGAAGCAAGCAGAAAAAAAUUGCUCAAGGCAAUAUACCCAAACUCAAAGGCAAUGAGCGACAAAUCGGGCCUCCUUUCUCGUUUUCGGAAAAAGUCUGAUGGACCAGCAGGACAUAGUGCUCCUGGAUCUUUUGACGGUACCAAUGAUGAGAAUUAUGAUCAAGAAUGGGAUGACGAUGAGUUUGACGAUGAUUUUCACGAUGAGGAGCCCAGCACGCAUCAAGAACCGUAUCAGCAGCAGCAGGAUCAGCAACAGCAGCAUCAUCAGCAAUACCAACAGCAGCACAGUGCAAACUCCGGAUAUGAUGAUGAGCCUCUUCCACCUCCUCCUCCUUCCUUCCCAGCACAUACGCCUCCUAUACCAGGACAUGGAGCUUUGUCGGCGAAGUCAUCGAAUCCGAGGUCCGUAUUGCCACGUGCAUCAACAUCUCCCACCGGCCUCGUGCCCGUCUCAACACCUACUACGCCGCUGAUGAAUCGCGGCGAUCUGCGACAAGCGGCACCGGUCUCAUCUUCAGUUCGUCCAGGUCGGGCUACAUCGCAAAUCCAGGCUCCGACAAAUUCUGAGGACAUAUCGACCCAGAAUUACUACAAUCCCAGCAUGGAUCGUCGGCAAGCUGAAUACAUAUUGCAGCAGGCUCAAGUGGACGGUGCGUUUGUGGUACGGAAUAGCUCCAAGGUGCCUGGCGAGUACUCUAUGUCGCUAUUCUACCAAGGACACGUGCGCCACUUACGAAUUCGGCGGCGAAACGACAACAUGUUUGCCCUUGGCGAGCAAAAAAUGGGCGAAAAGUUCUUCAUCAGUGUGGUGGAGAUGGUUGCGUAUCACAAGUGCGAGCCGAUCAAUUUACAAUCCGGUGGCUUCACAGUGCUGACGUAUGGCUACAGGUGAUGAUGAUACCUGGAAAGAUGCAGUGUCUCCUGUAUGUGUCCGGUAUGCCUACUGGCCCGCAGUGCCAGAAGCAGGCAAGGCGUGUGAGCCCAGGCGUGUGCUGCUGUUGCUGCUGCUGCCGUCGCCACCACCACUUUAGCAGCAGUGGCUUUGCUGCUGCUCCACACUGUGCAGCCCCAGACCAAACACACUAGUCCUCUGUUUGUUUCGUGGGCCAAAGUCGGCUGCAGAUGCGAUUUUCGCUUGCCGGUGCUGGAUUUCUGGAUUUCGCUUUUUCCAAAUUCUGGCAUAACUUCAAUCUGCACGAGUCAACAAUGCCCCCGCCCACCCAGUACCAGCUGCUGUUGACACUACUGAAGUAUUAACCUUGCGCAUCCUUGCUUCUUCUUUUUCCUUUUUUUAUCGGUUUUGACUUGUCCCGCACACCUGGAAAUUAUAGACAGUACCUUCACAGUUCGCGGGACCUGCGAUUAUACUGCUGCGCCUCUCCCACUUUAGGACAUAGGCAACAGUGAUUGAAAUGUUUAUAAUUAUUGUGAUUGUGUGCUUUCUGAACCCUCGCUCUAACCAUUUCCGUUUUCUAUCCAGCUUCCCGGCUUAUGAUUUCAGUGCGCUGUGCGCACAUGCGCAUGUGUCCACAGCUGCUCGUUUCUCCGGUCUCUAUACCUCACUUGCCUGCUGAUUUAUUUUAGAUGUGCAUGUACUUGUCUGUGAGAGAAGGCCAUCAACCAUUAGAACUACAAAGUGCUGUUAUGUUUGAGUCAAUGUUGAAAAGUUCGAUAUCGAUAUCAUUACGUUUCUUAGUUCUUAUCCGAUUAAUUUCGUUUUUUGCGUGUUUUUAAAAGGUAGCUCAAUACCAAAAUAAUUGGUCCACCGA